UGUUUCCGGUGUUUCCGGUGACGUACAACGACAACGACAACAUUUUGGAAGGAAUAAAAAUAUUCAGUUUCCGUACACGUAACUAACCCAAGUUAAAUGGCUACAAUCACGACAAGUGUGUAAAAAUGGAUCGUCAGCCUCGAGGAAGAGGAAGAGGAGGACGCGGAAAUCGAAAUGAAGAGAGCAGAGAUGUCCGUCUGUCUAAAUCUCUGUCUUACGUGUUACGCCAUGGUGCCAGUAAGAUGGGUCUUCAGAUGAACUCCGAUGGCUUUGUAUUUGUGGAGGAACUUCUUGCUCAUCAGCAGUUUCACUCGUUUUCAUUGGAGGAUGUGGAGCGAGUCGUAGCCUCCAAUGACAAACAGCGAUUCAAGCUGUGCAAACACCCUGAGGAUGAUCGUCUUCAGAUACGAGCCAAUCAGGGUCACUCAGUACAGGUUAUGGAUCUAGAAUUGCGAGAGAUAUCGCCAGAUGAUCAGGAUUAUCCGAGAGAAGCUGUUCACGGCUCAUACAUGAAGCACUGGCCCUCUAUCCACAGUCAGGGCCUCAGCAGAAUGAACAGAACUCACAUACACCUGGCUCCUGGACUGCCUGGAGAGGGCAGAGUCAUCAGCGGUAUGAGACAGAGUUGUGAUCUGGCUGUGUAUAUUGAUAUCACGAAAGCAAUGUCAGAUGGGAUUAAGUUCUUCUGGUCAGAGAACGGUGUGCUGUUGACCCCUGGAGAUGCAGCUGGGAUUUUAGCACCGUGCUAUUUUUCACGAGCACAGAGACUAAAACCCUCACCUUGUGACAUUGAACUACAUUAACUGUUGGGGAGGAUCUCCUUCUGACUUCAAAACCUAAAACUGGACGUUUAUCUGACCAUAUGAACUAUAAAAAAGCUUUCAAAAAAAAGAAAA